CAACUCACUGAUACAUCCUUUUCAUUUUACCAUUCCGUACCCUACUUUGUGCUCACAUCUCCGUUCCGCCACCGCCUAUGUUCAUGAUGCAAUUACCACAGUACAUACAUGACCAUGCUCAAACUUGUCAAGGAUUCCAUUCCUUCCAUUGAACAGUCCAUGACACGGUAUCGGAUGGAUAACCCUGCGGCGUUACAUCGCAUACGAGUUGGCGUACCUGCGACUGUUGAACAGAGAAUGACAUGGAGAUCUACCUUGAUAUUCAGGUGGAGUCCAAAUGUCUUGAAACACGCGCGUCCACUAUUAACUUAUCGCCAGGGACCAGGGUGGUCAGCAUCAGGUUCUUACUAUAGGAAGACCACAAUACGUGAUUCGCACAGGUCCGAUUUAUCCGAGCAGGCGUUCAAUCACUGUUUGUAUAAGUAUAGGUGAGUGUAAUCAUGCACACUAACCUCACCAUACCCGUCGCUCAUCACAUAGCGGGGUGUCUGAAU